AUGGCCACCAUUUUGGUUGGCCCAAAACAUGAGAAGUUCAUGGUUCACAAGCCAUUACUGUGCAGCAAAUCUCAGUACUUCAACAAAGCACUCAAUGGAUCCUUCGAGGAGAGCAGAACUGGCACCGUCAAACUCGAGGAUGUGUCCCCUGUUCUUUUCAGAAUCCUCGUUACCUGGCUUUACAACGGCAAGAUUGUCUACACCACUUCCGACGACAACUCGAACAUCGAAAAAGACUUCCGUGGCUGGCCGUACCCCUAUCUCAAGAACUACAUCCAAUUACCAGUUGACGAAGAUACGUCGACAUGGCCUAGGAGCGUGCUGGCUGGGCUUCACGUACUCGCCGACCGUCUUGACAUCAAGGAGCUCAGAAUUGGCAGUAUUGAUGCUCUAGUCUCCGGUGUGCUCAAAUCUGGUGUUGGUCUUUGUGGGUUCGAUUACCACUAUAUCGACGCCAAUACGACAGCAGAAUCACCUCUCAGAAAAUUCGUUGUGGAUUGGCUAGCGUAUGGAUGCAAACACAGUAUGGUUGACAGGAGGUUCUGGGGACAUAUACCUCACGAGAUGGCGAUCACAGCCCUGCUCACAGCUGGACAAAGAGUGCCUCCUAAUCUGUGUAACUUCUGCUACAAAGAGGGUUNNUUGCUCAACCACGUCUCGCUUGAUGAUGAUCACCCAUGCAAGAACCAGGACAUCGCACCCUACGAGGUCGAUCUGUGUCUUUACCAUGAACACGCAGACGAAGAAGAGAAGAAAGCGUGUCGUGCUCGCCGCGGCAUGACUGUCGUUAAGUAA